AUGAGGAAUUACAUGGCACUUGGCUGGUUUUACAGCCCCUCACAGAUUGGCAGAUACGUCUUGACCCGCCCAACAAGCCUGAAGCCGCCGCGAACGAAGCUACGCAACCCAGUCGCCGUGCUCAAGGAACUUGAUAGACACCAAUGGCUGAUGUUCCUUGCUGGGUUCCUUGGGUGGACAUGGGACGCCUUUGACUUCUUUACCGUCAGCUUGACUGUCACUGAGAUUGCGGAAGACUUUGAAGUCAAGAACAGUGCUGUGACUUGGGGCCUGACGCUCACACUCAUGCUCCGCUCAGUCGGUGCACUCGUCUUCGGGGCUCUGAGCGAUCGGUAUGGACGCAAGUGGCCGAUGAUCAUCAACCUUUUUCUCUUUAUCAUCUUCGAGCUUGCAUCUGGUUUCUGCAAUACACUGCCCCAAUUCUUGGGUGUACGGUCCUUGUAUGGGAUAGCCAUGGGCGGCCUUUUUGGACCAGCCGCUGCCACCGCCCUCGAAGACCUCCCAUACGAUGCCCGUGGACUCCUCUCCGGUCUCUUUGAGCAAGGUUACGCGAUGGGCUAUCUGCUCGCAUCAGUCUUCUACCGGGCGCUCGUUCCCACCACCACCCACGGUUGGCGCUCGCUUUUCUGGUUUGGAGCAGCACCGCCCGUCCUCAUUAUUGCGUUCCGCUGGUGGCUACCCGAAACGAACACCUUCCAGGUAAUGAAGGCCGAACGCGAAGCACGUCUACUCGUCGAGAAGCAAAGCGGCAACGGACAACACAGUAUCAAAGCCACAGGCGCAAGAGCGUGGUUCCGAGACGUUUGGGUGGCUAUCAAGGCGAAUUGGGUGCUUUUCGUAUACAUGGUCCUCCUGAUGUCGUUCUUCAACAGCUGCAGUCAUGGAUCACAAGACUAUUAUCCGACAUAUCUCAAGAAUCAAGUAGAGAUGGGGCCGACCCAAGUCACCGUGAUCUCCGUCGUGGGCCAAAUCGGCGCUCUCAUCGGUGGGACCAUCCUAGGCUACCUCAGCACCUUCACCGGCCGCCGCCUCACCAUGAUCGUCGGCUGCAUCAUCGGCGGCGCCUUGGUGCCCGCCUACACCCUCCCGCACUCGAUGGCCCUCGUCGCCAGCGCCUUCUUCCUCCAAUUCUUCGUCGGCGGCGUCUGGGGCGUCAUCCCCAUCCAUCUGACCGAGCUCUCCCCGCCAGCACUGCGCACCACGGCCGUGGGCCUCACGUACCAGCUCGGCAACCUUGCCAGUUCGGCGUCCGCGACCAUCCAGGCCGUCAUUGGCGAGCGGUACCCGCUCCCGCCGCACAAUGGCGUCGAGCGCUUCGACUAUGGGAAGGUGAUUGCGAUAUUCAUGGGUGCCAUCUGGGCUGGGCAGAUUGUGUUGCUGUUCGUGGGGCCGGAGAUGUCGGAGGCCGAGAGGGCCGAGUAUGCUGCGAGUGCGGAUGAUUUGGAGGCGCUGCGGAAGCAGGGUGUCAGCUUGGCGGAGAUUGGGAGGCAGAGGGCUCGGGCGGAGGUAAAGGGGGACGGAGGAGAAGUCCUGGCUACUGGUGGGAAGACUGAUGUGGGCGAGGUGGAGGAUCUUGAGAGCGGAGCAGAGCGGGCACAACGGACAAAUGUCGAGAAGAGCUUCUAA